CCCGGAAGCAGUUGGGCAGUUUGCGUGGAGUCUAGUGGAGAGCCGAGCAGUCUACGGUGGAGAGACUGGAGACCACCUCACAGUCGUUCAGCGGCAGCGGUCUCGGCUGUGACAUUAUCAGAGGACAAUAAUUGCAUAAGGCAAAAAUCAUAUGCAUUUAUCGGAUUACGACAAUUCGUUAUGCACCAAGGUUAACUGUUUAGCCAUAGGGUGGAUUCCAAGAAUGUUACACACCAUCGGUAAAGCUCGGCGCAGCUUUUGUACAAUUUUCUGAGAAGGACCCGUUUCGGUUCGUUAACGUUAGCAGGCUAGCGAGGUGUGAAAAUUGACUGUCAUGACUGGAGCUGAGGUUGAGGAUGAUAUCCCGUUAGGUGAAAGGAAGACGGUCACAGAUUUCUGCUAUCUUUUGGACAAGUCCAAACAGCUCUUCAAUGGACUUAGGGAUCUUCCGCAAUACGGCCACAAACAAUGGCAGUCCUACUUCGGACGAACCUUUGACGUGUAUACAAAGUUGUGGAAAUUUCAACAGCAACACAGGCAGGUCCUGGACAGUCGGUAUGGCUUGAAGAGAUGGCAGAUUGGGGAGGUGGCAUCCAAAAUCGGCCAGCUGUACUACCACUACUACCUUCGUACCUCAGAAACCAGUUACCUGAAUGAGGCGUUCUCCUUCUACUCCGCCAUCCGCCAGCGUUCCUAUUACUUUCAGGUCAACAAGGAAGACCGGCCAGAAUUGGUUGUGAAGAAGCUCCGGUAUUAUGCCCGAUACAUCGUCGUGUGUUUACUGCUGAACAAGAUGGACCUGGUGAAAGUGUUGGUCAAGGAGCUGUCUGAGGAGAUCGAGGAUUACACGCAGAGGUUCAACACGGAGGACCAGUUGGAAUGGAACUUGGUUUUACAAGAGGUGGCAGCUUUCGUGGAGGCGGAUCCCGUGAUGGUCGUCAAUGACAACAACGUGGUGGUGGUCCAUAGCAACCGGCUCCAGGAGGGGUGCGUGCCCCCGCUGGAACAAGGCAUGGUGGUGGGGCAGUUGGUCCUGGCAGACGCUCUGAUCAUCGGCAACAGUAACAACCAGGUGAAGUUCAGUGAGUUGACCAUCGACAUGUUCCGCAUGCUCCAAGCUCUGGAGAGGGAGCCAGUGAACCUGGCCACGCAGACUUCUAAAGCAGGCCCUCUGGAGCCAAAUGAGAAGCCAGCGAAACGAGAGAACCCUCAUAAGUAUCUUCUAUACAAGCCAACCUUCAGCCAGCUUUUUACCUUCUUGUCUGCCUCUUUUAAGGAACUGCCUGCAAACAGCGUUCUGCUGGUGUACCUGUCUGCUACUGGAGUCUUCCCAGUUGGCCGGUCAGAUUAUGAAGGUCCGUAUGAUUUCGGAGGAGUUCUGACCAAUACGAACCGAGACGUUGUGAACGGGGAGACGGCGCAGAAGAAAAGUCAGGCCCAGAAAGAAAUGCACUGCCUUCAUCCUGGAGACCUGUUCCCUUUCACCCGGAAGCCUCUUUUUGUCAUCGUGGAUUCCACCAACAGUACAGCAUUUAAGAACUUCAACAACCUCUUUGGCCAGCCUCUGGUGUGUCUAAUGUCUCCAACAUCGUAUCCUAAGAGUGUACAAGAUCAGACCCAAAGAGGCAGUCUAUUCACGCUGUUCCUCUACUGCCCCCUGUUGGCGUUCUUCUCCGUGUGUGGCUUGAGCAGCGUGCGGCGUGGCCUAUGGGAGCGGGCUCAGGAGUUGCUCCGAAAGGUCUACCGUGACAUCGGUCAGAUGAUAACGCGAUCGAGGACAAUGGACCAAGCCUUUCUACAGUUCUACGGAGACGAGUUCCUCCGACUGAUCCUCAUCCGCUUCGUGUUCUGCUCCGCCGCACUCAGGAUGCACAAGCUCUUCAGAGAGACCCAGAGCUUCCCAGAGUCCUACCCGGAGCUCCCCAAGCAGGACACGGUGGAGAGCAGCGUCCUGCAGAAGCACAUCCUGGAGCUCGCCGCCAUGCUGGACGUGCAGAACUUGUUCUGGGAUGACUCACUAGAGGGCUACUAGACUCAGAUCUACCCCGCCAGGGCAGAUUGACACAAGUAUAACCCCCCCACCCCCCCCCCCCCCCCUCCACCAUUUUCUUUACAUCAAACCAAUCGGCCAAUCACAGCUUUACGUUGGGCAUCCGUUUGUUUUGAAGGCGUCGCCACGUCUCAGUGAAACUAGAUCUGAUGGUGUUUAAAAUAGUGUGUAUACACUGAGCUUUGAUGGUCUUAAACCCCUUAAGUAUGUGAAUACUGUAAGAUGUUAACAAAAAGGUGCCCCCCCCCCCGGUUAAAGCAGAUACUUAGUUCAAACUAUAAUUUUCUACUAUUAGGUUCUGCUGUGUUUGUAUGGCAAUAUUCUCAACAUACGCUAGAAGAACCCAGAUGUCUUGUUUCAAACUAUAUCUGGUCCUCAACUAUAUCUUGUCCUCUAGCUCCAGUUUGUGUUCAACGAUCAUCUGGAAGAUUGGUCCCAUUAUGAACGACAAAUGGACUAGGCGUGGGGGGGGGGGGGGGGGGGGGAAGAAUAAGUCCCAUUUUGUUACUACAUUUUUCAUCAGUGCAUGUGUAUGUAUAUACCUCCUAUUUGUCACGGUUGCAUCACACUGUGACAGGAAGGUCGCAGCUCCAGUACUCUGUAGGGAAACAAACGGUGCUUUUCGUACUCAUCUAUCACUAACGCGCCUUCCGAGCAGGUUAGCAACGAGCUAAGUGUGGGUCGAUCAAUACUAGGUUGAGCUCCGAGUCGACAUUGUACAGACUUGCCGUUUGGAGCUUCGACUGAGGAGAUGGAUCACUGAAAUGGUGGUGAAACAUAAUGUUUACAAGUUUAGAGUAACCUUAACUAUUGCUUGCGGUUUUUCUGGUGAAUAAGUUAGGGUUACGCGAGUAGCAGAAUUUUGUCAAUGUUUUGAUCUCCAUGCAGUGUAGCAUAUUGACUUUUAGUUUGAAGAGGUAUCAAUUACGACCUCCCUCCCGGGCUAAGGGUCCUGCCGACCAAAGCCCCCUGAAUAGAACUGCCGUAGGCAUUUCUCUGAAUAUUUAUAGAUUUAUUUCGUGCAACAUUCCUAUUAUUUAUUCCCAUUGAUAAGCCUCUCCUUAAACAAAAUAGUUACUGUGCCGUUGAAACCAACAAGAGUAGCAUAUGUCAAUAUUAUAUAAAGGAUUUAGCAAAUUCUUUCUGCUAGAUUACCUGUGUUCGAAUGUGUCAAUUUAUCUGAACCAUACUAAGUAUUCUGGGAAGUACAAAGUGAUGGUUACGAAUCAAGCAGCGAAGUUGCAUUUCCCUCAACAAAAUAAAGAACUGAUACAAUUGCGAAAUAAGUAGCUUUGGAGUUAAUUACAAAUAAUGUUUUUAAAGUAACAUGUUUAUUUGUUAUUUUUGUUGUUUAUUUUAGUUUAGUGUUUCGAUAAAGUAUUAUUUAUUGAAUGUUACCCUAUUUUGCACAGCUUCUGCAAAACCUUGUUUUGGCACGUAUGUGUUUUGUUUAUAAUGUGAAGAGUCUGUAAGAAAAAAAAAAAGUGGAAUCAUAUUUAAUUGCCUUGUAGAAGUAGGCAAUGCGAUCAUUGAUGAGGGCCCAAUGGUGUUAUGCGAUAUACGGUGUAUAUAUCUACUAUUCAUACAUUCCAGCAUUCCAAAAAAAUAUAGACCACGUUUCCUCUAUUCCAGAACUGAUGAGGGAAAACUGGUCUUUAAUGACCGACAUAUUAUACUAGUUAAACGGUAACAUUUUUAAUAUCGACUUCCACGUUUGUUUUUUUUCUCUGUGUUUACAAAUGUUAUUCUGAUUAUGAUAUCGUAGCCUCGCACUUUACUCUAUGGAGUUAUGAUCUUAUUAUUAUUAUUAUUCUCUUGUUUGUUGUGCUGUCGGGGGGGUUAACGAAGAGAAAAUGGACCCAUGCUCUGGGCCUCCAUGCCGACUCUCACACGAAUGAUCUUCUCGGCCCAAAGGGACGUGUGAGGUCAUCACGGGAUUUCAAAGACUAUCUUGAAUAAUCCGGGUCAAUUUAUUUUUGUUCCUCUCAUCCGUAUGUGGAAAAAAAAGGUUUUUUGGUUACGUUAAAAAAACGAACCGAGGAAGUGACAGGUGAAAUUCAAGGGAUAUCUGCUAGCGAUAUCUUCUUGCGUCGGUUGUACGUCGUGCUCUUAAGGUGUGAGUGUGAUCGGUUACAAGCCGUUUUGAAAAUCUGGUUCUUCUGACAUCACAAGUGGCCGUGUCCACUUAGCCGUGUGACGGAUAGAUCAGUCUAACAGCCUACCCAGUGGACUGUAGCAAACGUUGCUCAUCUAUCCGUCAUACAGCUAGGUGUACACGCCCACUUGUGAUGUCAUAAGAGCCAGAUAUGUCACACCAGGUGUGACAUGCCACACCUGGUGGCAUGUCAUGGGACCUUUAAACAAUGUUGGCAGGGGUGCUCAGGCUGUGAGGAGUUAACGACUUACCUGUAUUUUCUUUUCAACUUGUUGACAUGUCUAAUGGGGAUUAAUUGUGUACCAUUUUAUUUUUUCACUCUGACCGUUGCCAUUGCCUUGCGUUUUCUUUGCAGUUGCAGAUAUAUGUAGGAUGGAAUCUAGAGGUGAUUCAUCUGGUGCUUUUUAUGCUUUGCUAUUGUUCCUUUGUCUUUGAUUGUGGAUCAUGAACAAUCUAAUGGUAAGCCUUUUACUUUUUGCUCAUAAUGUAUGAUAGGAUGGCUUUUACCCAAGGUUUAACAGUUAAAGAUUGCAUGAGGCAUAUCAAUGUAAAUUCUCUGUCUAUUGCAUUUUGUAAAUGUUAUCUGUUGGCCUGAAAAGGUUACGUUCUGCCCUUUUUGUUAUGUUGUGCCAAUCAUGUGUUUGGGCAUCUAUGAUGGUGACAGAAAUCUUGCCAUAAAAACAAUGGCAUUGAUAAGCAGUUAUAAUUAGCAUUUUAAGUAACGACAAUGUGACCAACUGAUGACUGGUCAAUCGAAGCUUCACUACUCACUGGUUGUUCAUUUGUAACUAAACAGCGAGGUGAAAACCCCAUGAGAAUAAUGUUCUGUGUAUAUCAGUGUAAGCAUGUGUAGUUUCACUUGGAAAAAAGGGUUGAGAGACUGUAUAGAAUUCCAAAAAAAAGUACAUUCCCUUUAAAAUAUCUAAAAUAUGAAUUGUUUGAAAACAAAUGGCAAAUGCAUUAUAACUAAACUGUCUUAUCUAUCGAGGAAGAUGCGACGCUUUGCAACUCAUUUAGUUUUAGGGAUGGGAUCACCGUUUGUGUAUAUGCCCCACACGUUGUUUCCCUUCAUGACUUGCACCACGGAACACAUGAUAUAAUGUGAUUCUGUAUAGACUCAAGCACAACAUCCAAUGCUUAAAGUAAUGGACACACCUUGAUUAAGAGCAUGUCAACAAAGCCUAUUUUAAAUACAUCAGACACAAAUAAAUGAAGAAAAAAAAAAACUGCCAGCUGUUCAAUCCUAUUUUGUCUCUCUCAGACAUUUGGGACCAUUUUUACCUUUUUAUA